AUGGAUGACGAAUUAAAUGUAACUUAUGUAACACUUGGUGGACAUGUGGAGGCGGGCGAAAACAGGUUUCUUUAUUUUGCAAUCAUUCUUGCACUAUACCUUCUAAUAAUCGUCAGUAAUUGUAUUAUUGUGUACUUGAUUUGGAUUCAGCAAAGCCUCCAUGAGCCUAUGUACAUCUUCAUUGCAGCUGUGUUAAUCAACUCAGUUCUUUUGAGCACUGUUAUCUAUCCAAAACUUUUGAUUGACAUUUUAUCCGAAAAACAGGUCAUAACAUAUUCAGCUUGUCUCUUACAGUUUCAUAUGUUUUACUCAUUUGGCGGUUCAGAGUUUUUAUUGUUGGCAGCCAUGGCCUAUGACAGAUUUGUUUCUAUAUGUAAACCUCUCCAAUAUCAAACUAUCAUGACUAAAACUACUGUCAGUAUUCUUUUAAUCUUGGCUUGGUUUCUGCCUGCAUCUCAGGUUGCAGUGCCAGUUGGUCUGAGUGCUAAUAAAAAACUUUGUUACUUCAUUUUGAAAGGAUUUUUUUGCAACAAUACAGUUUACAAAUUACAGUGUGUUGUCACAAGAACCAAAGUCAUUCAUGAUUUAGUGAUUUUGCUAAAUGUUGCCAUUCUUCCUGUGCUUUUCAUAGUUUUCACUUACACCAGGAUAUUCAUAAUAUCUUACAGAAGUAGUCGAGAGGUGAGGAAAAAAGCAGCACAAACCUGUUUGCCUCACAUAAUUGUCUUAAUCAACUUUUCCUGUUUGUGUGCGUACGAUGUCAUUGCAGCUCACCUGGAAUCUGACUUUCCAAAGCUUUUACGAUUCAUAAUGUCUUUACAAUUAAUAGUGUAUCAUCCUCUUUUUAAUCCAAUGAUAUAUGGACUGAAGAUGAAAGAAAUUUCAAAACACCUCAAGAAGUUGUUUCUUCCGGUGAAACAUGUCUAG